AUGUCCGUGUCGAAUUCUGUACCGCAUCGCUUUGCUGUGCAUAGAAGGAUCCCAAACGCAACCUAUAUUCACACACGCCCAAGGAUAGUGUCAGUUUCUCAGCCACUACAACCACCACUAACGAGUAUAGCUUAUAUUAACAUACUUCCAAGAUCGGUACCAAUUGUUCGCUCGCCACCAGUACUCGAAACUCCGACACAGUCAGCACCAGAACUUUCUGUUUCGCCUACACUCUCCACAUCAAAAGAAGCAUUCGUUGUCAAGGACGGCCUAUCAGAAACCGAUCCAUUUUGGACACGAUGCUAUGCGAAAUGCGGACUUUUUUGUUGCACGCCAUGGUGUUGGGCUAUUUCAGCGGUAAUCUUAGGUGGCGCCAUUGGAGCGAUCAUAUUUUUUGCACUACGAAACACCGCUGCGAUAACAACCGGAACAACAACAACAACCAUCAGCACAACGACUAUCUAUGUGCCAAGUGCGAUAUUGAACAAUACAUGCACAUCGAUAGUCAGUAAUUCACCUACUGUUCUAGUGUACCUAACAAACUCAACGUCGUUCUCCUACACGUUCUAUCAAUAUACAUAUGUCGCUGCAUCGACGACGACAACUAUGAUGUUAGCUAUGCGUCAAGAUCCUAGUUACUGGUGUCUCGAUGAUAUUUCUGUAACCUACAAUGGUGUACAAAUGUGGCAAAAUGGCGGUUUUGAAUUGAGUCCGUUAACAACAUAUUAUACUUAUUGUAAUCCAAACGGGGCAGCUUCUAGCGGUAAUAUAUCACCAUCAUGUCCCAAUUCUGGAAGCUAUAGUUUUAAAGAUGGUUCAGUAACAUAUUCCGAUUAUAUCAGUCAAUCGUUUUCCACGGUAGUUGGUGGAACGUACAAUAUCAGUUUUUGGCUAUCGAACUUAGGUGCUCCUACGAAUAGUUUUAUUAUCAUCAUCGGUUAA